CCUCUUUCCUUCUCUGUCUGCCUGCCUGCCUCCCUCUCUCCCCAUCUGCUCCUGGCUGCUCCGGGCCAAGAAGGGAGGCGAGCGGAGGAGGGAGGGAGGCCAGGGCCAGGGCUGGGCCCCCCCUUGUCUGAGUGGGGACCCAGAGCCACCAGCCCUGCGCACCCAGCGCCCGGCCCCCCCACCCCGAGAGCAUCUCCAAAGACAAAGAAGGAUUCAUGUCCAAAGGCUUUGCAGAGAACAGGACUGACGUGACCAUGUCGGAGCUGGUGGCUGAGCCCAGGCCCAAGCCGGCGGUGCCCAUGAAGCCCCUUGGCAUCAGCUCCAACCUCCUGGGCUACAUUGGCAUUGACACCAUCAUCGAGCAGAUGCGGAAGAAAACCAUGAAGACCGGCUUUGACUUCAACAUCAUGGUUGUGGGUCAGAGUGGGCUGGGCAAGUCGACCCUCAUCAACACCCUCUUCAAAUCCCAAGUGAGUCGGAAGUCGGCGAGUUGGAAUCGGGAGGAGAAGAUCCCCAAGACCGUGGAGAUCAAGGCCAUCGGGCACGUGAUAGAAGAAGGCGGAGUCAAGAUGAAGCUGACGGUCAUCGACACCCCUGGCUUCGGAGACCAGAUCAACAAUGAAAACUGCUGGGAGCCCAUCGAGAAGUACAUCAAUGAACAGUAUGAGAAGUUCCUGAAGGAGGAAGUGAACAUCGCGAGAAAGAAGCGCAUCCCGGACACGCGGGUCCACUGCUGCCUCUACUUCAUCUCUCCCACGGGACACUCUCUGAGACCCCUGGACCUGGAGUUCAUGAAGCAUCUCAGCAAAGUGGUGAACAUCGUCCCCAUCAUCGCCAAAGCUGACACCAUGACCUUGGAGGAGAAGAUGGAAUUCAAGCAGAGGGUCAGGAAGGAGCUCGAGGUGAACGGCAUCGAGUUUUACCCGCAGAAGGAGUUUGACGAGGACCUGGAAGAUAAGACGGAGAACGACAAGAUCAGGCAGGAGAGCAUGCCCUUCGCCGUGGUUGGGAGUGACAAGGAGUACCAGGUCAAUGGCAAGAGGGUCCUUGGCAGAAAAACCCCCUGGGGAAUCAUUGAAGUGAUUCCUAUGUGAUUUAUGUGAAAAUACCAAGCGAUUAAUACUGUUGGAAUAGAAGAGGGAUCCAAAUGAAGCACUUGCAAGAAUUCUGCAGACGCCUGCUACUUUGAAAGCGAUUUUGGAUACGCAGGGUAACGGCCUGCUCGUGUUUCUUCACUCGGCCAUUCACUCUGACGGGUCCCGAGAACGUCCUCGGGGGGAGGAGAUGCCUCCUGCCAUUGGCUGUGACAAGCCGGGCCGCUGCUUGUGUGGUAGGAUACAGAAGAAGCAGGGGUUUUCCCAACCUGUGUUCUUCGAUAGAAGCGACCGCUGUACAUGGAAGUUUCAGAGAGGAAAACUGAAUCCUUUCUCUCUGAAGGGAGAAAGGGAUGAAGGGACGAAGGAUGGUGCUGGUCCAUGGGCUGGAAUCUUAAUUUGCCGUCGUUAGAUGGCACCUCGAGCAAUGAGGUCACUGUGGUACCUGGCCUUUGUAAAGCA